UAGGCUAGGCCUAGGAGUUUGGAGAGCACUUCACUGACGGAUUUCCUGUCUUUCAUCACUCCACUGCAGUCUUGACAGAUGGCAAAACCUUCUCCCUAUUGUAUUUCUGGGUAAAAAGCUCCAAGUUCUCAUGAGGACAUACCUGCAUCAAUCAGUGGACCAGAUACUGAUCAAAAGGGGAGGAAAAAAAAGACAACUUGAGAAUCACAGAGAAGAGACCAGGGCGCUAAUCAGCUUCUCCUAGACUUCCUUCCCACUCUAGCACCUCUGGGGGGAGGUCUAGCUCCUCACUUCCUUGACAUGGUCAGAAUGGAUAGAGGAGCUACCUUUGCAAUCUUGCUCCUGGCUCUGCAGUUGGUUCUGUUGCCUGCUAUGACCAGAGGAAAGGAGUUGAUACUGGGCGAGGCUGGGGGUAUUGCCGAAUUGCCUUGUAAGGCUUCAAAGAAAGAAAACAUGGACUUUACCUGGAAACAACCGGACCAACUUGUGCUUCUCAAGGGUUUCAGAAAAAGUUCACCAUCGAAGAUGAUAGGAAACACAAAAAAGAAAGAUAGAGUGGAUUCCUUAACAAACCAAUGGGACGGGGGCAGCUUCCCUCUGAUCAUCAAGAAGCUGGAGAUGGCAGACUCGGGGACCUACUUCUGUGAGGUGGAAGCCAGGAAGCAGGAAAUUCAACUCCUGGUGUUCAAGGUGACUGCGAACCCAAGUGACUCUGUGUUCUCUGGAACCAACGUGACUUUAACCUUGCAUGGCUCUUCCAAUGUUCCUGCACUCAAGGUGGAAUGGAGUGGUCCAGGAGAUGAAAGUAAAAGGAUCCUGAGUCAAGACAAGAAAACUUUGAACUUGAUGCAAAUGGAGACCAACCAAGGGGGUUUAUGGGACUGUACCGUCUCUGUGAAUGGCAAAGCCCUGAAAUUGAGCAUCAGAGUCACAGUGUUUGGUUUCACAUCAUCCUCCCAGACCUUCUAUCUGAUGAAGGGCAAAGCUGCCAAAUUCUCCUUCCCUCUGAAUUUAAAUGAACAGGACCUGAACAGGGAACAGCCAAACGGAGAACUGAGGUGGCAGGUGGAAGGUGUUGCCUCUCCCCCACAGUCGGCCAAGUUUUCAUGGAAGAGUGGCUCCUUGAUUCUAGAAAAUGGGGCUCCAAAUUUCAAUCGUGAUCCCAAGUUCCCACUCACCAUCACUCUUUCUCCUGUCUUGCCUCAGCAUGCUGGCUCAGGAGUCUUCUUACUAAAGUUUUCUUCAGGGACACUGGAACAAAAGGUCAACCUCGUGGUAAUGACAGCUGUGUCCCAGGAAUCACGUCUACUGUGCUGUGACGUGCAGGGUCCCAUAAUCCCUGGGCUGAGGCUGACAUGGAUGCUAGAAAACCAGACAGAAAAAAGCCUGGAGGUCUCAAAGGAGCAAAGGCAGCUGGAGGUGAACGAGCCAAAGGCUGGGACGUGGGAAUGCCAAUUGCUAUCCCAGAAUCAGAAAAUACUUAAAUCGGAUUCCUUCAAACUGACAAAGCAGGAAUGGAAACUACCCUUUCAACUGGGCAUCGGUCUGGGUGCAGGAGCAACCCUGUUGCUUCUCUCUGGGCUCUCUAUAUUCUGUUGUGCCAGACGAAGGCACAGGCUGCGCCGAGCAGAGCGGAUGUCUCAGAUCAGGAGGCUCCUGAGUGAGAAAAAGACCUGUCAGUGUCCCCAUCGUUUUUAGAAAAAUGGUAGCCUGAAGAGUUGAAUAUGGAAGACUUGUCUGAUUUGUGAAAAUCCUCCAUUCCUUAUCUCUGCCUACUGGGAAGAGUAGGGAAGGUGACUGCAGGAGGAUUGAGACAUUUUGGCAACCUUGUCCUUCCUAACCUACCCCCUUGUAAUAAUCCUGGACAUUGUCAGUGGGACCCUGCUCCUUAUUUCACUGCCCCAUGAUGCAUCCUCAACCUGAUCACUAAGUAUUCCUUCCUUCCUCUGCCAGCCCCUAAAGGCUUCUGCAUAGCAUUUCAUCUCAUCUUGCCUUUGGGCAGGAGGCAGGAUGACACUUCACUCAAUCCAGAGACUGAGAAUAGGAUGUUCUGGAUUUUCCAGCUUCUUAUAACCCACAGUCAGAAAUGUUCUGAGUCUACACUUACUCCCUCCUGCGACUAUGCCUUGCUCUAUCUAGUGUCCAAACAAACUUGUGGGUAUGUACUCAGGGUGUCCCUAUCUCCAUCUCACCCUACCCAAAAGCCAAGUAAAUAUUCAUCCUCGUGGUAAGCUUCUUGAGGGCAAGGACUAACAUUUGCCUCUUUAUGUAUCUCCAGUGCUUAGUACUGUGCCUGGCACAUAACAGGCAUCUAAUAAAUGUUUUUGAUUGAUUUGAUUAACUGUCUUCCCUCCUCCCUCAUGGCCUUAGGCCCUUCGUCAAGCUGACUGAUCUCUCUUUUUCUCCCUCUGAUGUGCCAGACUAUGGACACCAGUAGGGGCCCAGAGAAAGACCAGAAUUAUGUUUGUAAACUUGUGAAGAAGUCUGACUUGAGUGCCUAUAUUCCUAGGUACUUGGCUAUACUUGACUCUGGGCAAGAACUGUGGUUCUCCAUAUUUCACCUAGCUCCUUCUCUCCUUUAACUCUCUAACCCCCAUCAAGACUCUAGAAUUUGGGGGCUGAGAAUCAAUCUUCUCUUCCUGGAUCAGUCUUCUCCCUUCCACUUUGGUCUCUAUCCCUCCAUCUCUUCAUAUAUCCCUUCUCUUCUUUCCAGUCUGCCUCAUUUAAGUGGCCUGCUCAGGAGUGGCUCAGAUAGGGCUCCCUACCUCUUCCAUGGAGUGAUAUUUCCCUUCUCUUCUGAAUCAAUGAAAAAAAUUAAUAAACAAUACAAAAAGAAUGA